AUGUCGUUGCCGCGCGACCAGCAGGCUCACUCGACGGUCGUCGUCAUCGGAGCCGGUAUAAUUGGCCUCACAUGCGCCCUGCAGCUUCAGUCUGAGCUGUCUCGACGCAAGACAACACGGCCCAUCUCAGUGCUUCUCGUCGCGCGCGAAUGGCCCUCCUCGAUCCCCGGCGCCCCAGCCCGGCACUCCACCGACUAUGCCUCCAUGUGGGCGGGCGCACACGUCCGGCCCAUCCCGGCGACGACGCCCCAGCUGCGAUGCGAGGCCGCCUGGCUGCGCCGUGCCGUGGCCGAGUUCGCACGCCAAGUCGAUGUCGAGCCGUGGUGCGGCGUUACGAGGACGCCCGGAGUGGAAUACCUCGAGGCGCCUGACCAGGGAUACCGGCAGCAGACCAAGGAUUCAUUCGAGCGGGAGACGGGUCUGGGGGGAUAUCGCAAGUUGGGUGCAGCGGAAGUGCCCGAGGGUGUCGUCCUGGCGUACGAGUAUGAUACGUUUUGCAUAAACUCGCCAGCAUACUGCGAGCAUCUGCUGCGCAAGUUCCUCCUGCAGGGGGGAAAGACCUUGCAGAGAGACUUGAAGAGCGAGUGGGAGGCCUUUACGUUGCGUGAGGAUGUAAUUCUGGUGGUCAAUGCCAGCGGCGCUGGCUUUGGCGAUCCCAAGUCGUUUCCAACCCGAGGCCAAACGGUUGUAUCAAACCUAUCCCAUGUGACGAAGACGGUCACUCGACAAAACAAAGACGGCUCAUGGAGUUUCCUCAUCCCUCGCUUCCUCAACGGUGGUACCAUUGUCGGCGGCACAAAGGAGCCAGGCGACUGGCGGACGGAGCCAGACGUACCGACACGGGAGCGACUCUUGUCUGCCGGUCUCACCCUCGAGCCCUACGCGCACGACGGGCCGGCUAGGGACGCCGCGGAAACGGCGCGGAAUUGCAAGGUCAUUGCCGACGUGGUCGGGCGACGACCGACUCGCGAAGGGGGCGUGAGGCUGGAGGUAGAAGAACGACCGCUGGUCAGGCUUGACCAGGAGCCGGCAAAGGGACGGGUCAUCCAUGCGUACGGUGCGGGCGGCCGCGGCUAUGAGAUCAGCUGGGGCGUGGCGAGCGAGGUGGUGGAUUUGGCGAUGCCGCUGCUAGCGCCUGAGGCUCAAAUCAAGGGGAAACUGUGA